ACCUACACCUCGCCUCUUGUCUUCACAGCAGCAGCAGCAGCAGCAGCUCCACACACCUGAAGAGACUCGCUGAAGAGACCGGCCCCGGGGCAAAUCUCAGAAGACAGAAGCAUGGCAGCUCGAGUGGCACUUCUCCUUUUGCUUGCAGUCAUCUGCAUCGGGUUUGCGGCAGCGGAGAUCCCUGCGGACUGCUGUCUGUCCGUCACGGACAAGCGCAUCCCUCGCAACUUAGUGGAGUCCUUUGAAGUCCAGGAAGCUGGUCAAGGAUGUGAUAUAAGCGCUACUCUGUUCAUCACAAAGAAAGUUGGAAAGAGGCUGUGUGCCCCCCAUCCCAGCUUGAGCAAAUGGGUGCGAGACCUCAUCAACCGCCUGACGCCCAAACAGUAAAUGAGGAGCAUGAUGCGGCAGACUGAACACAGAAAUGGACUUGACGCGGCUGAAGAUCAGGAAGGAUCGCCAGUGCAACAUCAAGAACCAAAUCAGCCAGUGAAUUCAUUUCUAUGUGUUUCAGUCUCAGAGUCUCAGAAUGGUUAAAGGCUAAGGUCUGGAAAAAAGCGCACGGUGUUUGAGACGUGACAGAGCACUGAGGAUCACUUCAUCAUGAUGAUCCAUACUGUAUGUCUCCAUGCAAGUGAAUUCAGAUACGAGGUGAAUGUACAGUUUUGAAUAUACUGUCUUUUCAUUUGAUAACUGUAGUUUCUCCACAUGAUCCUGUAUAGUUCAAUGGAUAAAGCCAGGUGCCAACAGUGGUAGGGUGAAGGGUUAGAGUUGGGGGUUUUGAUACCAGAGCUGUUGUUGUCAUAGUACUGUAAGAUGCUGUGGACAGAAGCAUCCACCAGAUCAUGUCUGUUAAGCUAUGUAUAUAAUCUUUUAUGAAUACGUUCCUCUAUUUCAGUGAAUUUGUGGUGUGGAGAUUUCCAAAUGUUAAGCAUGUGUGAACUUUUCAGAAAACUAUUGUCAAGAUUUUUUUUUUAAAUAAAGCUUGAAAUU